AUGGCCAGCUCGUUCAGCAAAGGCCUCCCCGUCAGCUGGGGCUCCGCCUUGGGAAAACGCCCGCGAGACCUCAGCGACGAGUCCGAUAUCUUUGGACCCGCAGAGGCAGGCAGCUCCCCGUCAGACGACGUCUUCGCACACCUGCCAAAACGACAGCAUACCUUGUCCGCGCUGGACCACACUCCCGAGAGGCCGGCCAGCGCCAUGCAGCUCAGUGACAUCGACAUGGGUUCGCCCCUCCAGGCCAUGCGGCUCGAGAGCCCGUCGCCCUUGCACGCCGCCUGGGCGGGCUCCGACGAAGCAGCCAGACAGCUCAAGGCGCAGCUGGCAAGCAGUCGAAUAUACCCAGAGGCACGAUCGGAGAGCAGUGAAGGUUCCGCCGAGCCCUCGAUGCUGGUGGGAUCAAGGCCGUACGGAACCCGAGUCGACACGCCGCUCGUCAAGAGCAUUGCACGACACGCGCCCAGCUCGCCAUCGCCGCUCGCCGCGAAUCGACCCCUUCAGCUCGGCAGCACGCGGACAAGACAGCGCUCGACGCUCUCGCAGACCUCACUUGACAUGAUGGAGGAGGAGGUCGGCACGCCCUUGAUACCCAUGUCGAUCGCCGAGUCGCUCGAGUCCUCGCCGCAAGUCAGCGAGUCGGUCACGCCCAUGUCGAGCUCCUCAUCGCCCUGGCAGUCGAGGGAGGGCUCGCCCAUGGCGGCGCGCGCAGCGACCGCAUCUUCGGGACAGCGCUCCGGGACCGCUUCGGACGACGGCAUGGACCUCGGCAGCCCGCUCAGGACGCCGACCCGCACCAAGACUGCGAGGACGCCGCCGCAGCAGGGCCUGCGCAGGCACCAGCACUCUCCCGGCCUCGAUCGCAACGGCACUCCGCCCGGCGGAAAGCAGAUGCUGAGGUACACCAUGGGCUACCGCGAGGACUGCGAGCUCUGCAGGCUCAAGACUCCGGGCCACUAUAGCCACGUCGUCCAUCGACGUCCCAGCACCAACGCGUAG